UCUCUGGAAUUAAAAAAAAAAUCUCUGUCUACUUGCCAGAUGGUUGUUCAGCUCAUGAAUGGGUGUGUAACAAAAUAAUAAAUAAAUGGGAUCUAAAAUAUCCAGAUCUGCUGAUGGCCACCAUCCCUCAUAUACAGAUGAUGAAAGCAUACCUCUUUUUGAUAAGCUCAAACUUGUGCUUAUUGGCUGUCAUAAAGCUGGGAAAAAUAGAAUUGGAAAUGCCAUUCUCGGGAAGAAAGCCUUCACACACAAGAAUUUUCUAACAAAAGAAUACUUGAAGUGCAAAAAAACAAUUUUUGGAAGACGCAUUUCUGUGAUUCGUGUUCCUGGUUGGUCUGGAGAUUUGAGCUCUGAAGAUAACACGCAAGAAAAUGUUCGGCAGGUGAUAAAGGACAGCGUGUGGUCCUUCAAACAUGGACCUAAUGCCAUCAUACUGGUGGUGAAAAAGCACACUGAACUUUCAGAGACUACAAUAAGAACAUUACAAACACUUUUGGGAGACAGUGUUUCUACACAUAUUUUAGUUGCUUCCACAGAUGGAAAAAGGAUUUCACUUGCUACCAUAAGUGAACACUAUUGCAACAAACAAACAAUUAUUAAAACAUACAGAAACAGGAAUCGCUUCUUUUGGAGAAGAACAUGUAGAAAGCAGCACAUGAAGUUAAUAGAAACAAUUGAAGAUUUUAUGGUGAGAAAAAAUGCCAUUCAUUUCUGUCCUACAGGAAAAGAGGAAGCGAAACCUGUACUGCAGCUUAUGCAAUUGAAAAUAGUGGUGAAUAGACUGAUUCAGAGGAUAUCAGGCCUUUCUGGGUCCAUCUCAAAAUUGCACUCAGGCAAGAAGACAGAGACAAAUAAGCUGCAAAAAAACAAAGAAUUAAAAAAUGAAGAAAUAAGAAAACUACAAGAUGCAUUGAAACAAAAAGAGGAAGCACUAAAAGUAAUGAAAGAGAAAUGGUUACAGCCAAAUCAAAGUGCAGAAAGGUUCUCUGCCCAGCAUGGAAGAAUAACACAGGUUGAGGAUGAUGGAACAAGAGAAGAUCUUCAGAGAAACAUAACAAAAGAUCAAAGAAUUGAGCAAAAAAAAGUAGCCAAAAAAAGUCAGAAUGGAAAAAAAAUUAAGUACACAUUGAAAAGAAAACCAAGAAAGCAAGCACAAAGAAAGCCUUGGAGAAAGACAAGAAAAAGAGAUGCACUGGAAUUGGUCCCACUGCAUUCAGCAGAAGCAACACCAAUUGAUGAAGAACCUCAGGCAGGUGAAGGUGUUGAGUUCGUGGACAGGUUCCGUGCAGACCUCAUUGAAAGAGUUGUGUCAGUGGAACCUAUUCUCGAUGAAAUGUUACAGUUAAUUGGCGUUGAUAAGUAUUCAAAAGUCAGACAAGCUAAAACAAGCCAGGAAAAAAUGAGAGAACUCUACAUCAUCUUAGAUGGAGGUGGGCAGAAGCUGAAAGAGGAAUUCUACAGGAGUCUGCUGAAACACGAGGAGUUCCUAGUUGAAGACCUUCACCGUGUUUCUUAAACCCCUUUCAACCUAGGGUAUGCCUACAUUGUUUUGUUCACAACUCUCUCUUUUGCAAACUUGAGUUCAAUUAUGUUUAAAUAUUAUUCAUUAUAGUAAAGGAAAACAUAUAUAUUAUAUCAUGGCUAUAAUAUUAACUGUACAUGUAAAUAACAAUGCAGGAUAUUACAUAAAAUAGAACAAAAACAGAAAGCGAACAAAAGAGAUUUGAAUCAUUUUUCAAGUACAACAUGGUUACAUCCUACUAAAGGACUAUGCCGUAUGCUCAAGAGGUGGGAACCUUCAAAGUACUUAAUUUUCGUAGUGAAACCUUUAUUGUGUGAAACACAGACAGAGCUAAGGUUUGAUAUUGUAAUCUAUGUUCAGAAUUUUGUAAACUUGUGCCUGACCCUUCUGCUCUAUCAUUUUUUUUUAAAUGCGUUCUUCACCCUAAACCUUUAUCUAGCCAAGCAUACUGUACAAGUUUUACAAAAGUAUUGGGUUUGAACAGUAAACAGUAAAAAAUGUUAAGGCUGUGUCCAAAACUGUGCCAUUUCACUAUUUCCUACAAGUGAAUUUUCUGAUCAAUAUAUAGAGCAAUAUGUUGGACAAGUUUGGCUAAAUUUCAAUAGAAUGGAAAAGAAUCAGACCACAGAGUCUAUAUUUCAUAUCGUCAUUGUGCUGGGCUUAUUCUGUUAUUUUUUUGUUUGCUUGAGUCUUAUUUUACAUUAUAUACUGUAUCAUAGUUUAUACAUUAUUUACAGACUGUACACUGAUCAAUACAUAAAAAGAUUUAUAUCUUAUGUUGGUCUAUUUUUCAUGUCUGAACCCAUGAGCUCCACAUACUUCCAGGUUUCAAGAGUAACAUGUGUAUGACAUUUACAUGAUAAGGAGAUAAUGUAUUUUACAUUUUAUAUUUACAUAUAGUUAAAAGAUGGAGAAGCAUAAUAAGUGUGUGUUUGUUUAAAUAACAGUCACAGAGCAAGUUAAUCUGGACACUAGAUGGUAGCAAAGAGCCAUGUAUUUAAUGCUGUGCUGAAGUGACUGAUGGAGACUGACUUCAGGAAAGGCAUGUUUUUUCCCUUCACUAUAAUGGACAUUUUCUUUCUGGACGGUCAAUAAGUUAGUGUUGAUCCAGGCCCAUUGAGGAACAUAUCUGCAAUGCUGGAACUUUAAAAUACAUUGAUAUCAUCCUAUUGUUGUAACUUGUAAAUAACCACAUAAAAUAAGAUAUUCAGCAAUAGGCCAUUGUGAACUUUGUCAGUAAACUGAAGCAGGAGGACAGUCAUCUCUGCACACAACUGUUGGCUGAGGUGCUAUAAGUGUAACUUUCUUUCUGUAAUAUUUGGCUAUUUUACAAUAUUUUCCAUAAAAAAACAGUUAGUGCCUUGAUACAAGAUGUGAAUGUUUUCUCAGUUUGUGAAUAUUAUUUGCGAUUUUGUGCAAUGUAUUUUUUUCUGUUUUAGAUCUCAAUUAUCCACUUUCUUAGGAGAUUAUAACUUGGAUUAUAAUUUCUAAUAGUCUCCUUAAACACAUGCACACAAAUGUAAUAUUGUUGGAAACUGUUGGAAGUUGUGCUUUUCCUGAUAAAAUUAUAUACUGUAUUUUAAAGAGUGUGAUUUCUGGCAAGCUAGAAAUUUGUUCAUAUGUUCAUAUGUCUAUGUCAAAAUUUGUAUGUGAACUUUUUUAAUUGUUGUAGAAAGGUAAAACCAUACAUGUUAUUAGAGCAUGUCUAACAGUAAAUGUGUCUGUGCUGACUCAGGAUACAUACAUGUUUAGUAAAAGCAGCAUUAUAAAAUAUAUAUAUAUUUCUUUUAAUUAACUACUUGCUACACAUUUUCUAAGACAAAUACACAAAAUCAGUGGAUUUCAGAUGUUUGAUUGUAAUGUCUAUACUAAAACUACUGUUGCUGGGAAAUACAGUUUUGCGCUGCCAUGUCAUCAGUAUAUUUUUAUUUAGAACACAUAAUUCUUUAGUAAAAUUUCUUUCAACCACUGACCAUUAACCACUGUUUUGUACCAGGCAAAUAGAUAAUAUCUG